AUGAACCCCGCUUCGAUCCAGGACUACGAGGAUCGCGCCGCGGAUAUCCUCCCGCACGAUUCCCUACACUUCUACCGGAGUGGCGCCGGCAAAGAGUUGACGCUGAAGCUCAACAGGUCCGCGUACGAUCGGAUCCGCAUUCGACCCCGGGUUCUGCAAAGUUCAGCCCGACGGGAUCUUUCGGUGCGGUUGUUUGGCGAUGAGUACUCCAUGCCCGUCGGGAUCUCCCCAACGGCGUUGCAGAAGAUGGCCCAUCCGGAGGGGGAGGUUGCGAAUGGCAAGGCGGCUGCCAGCAGAAAGGUUCCGUUUACGCUGAGUACGCUGUCUAGCAGUACGAUUGAGGAAGUUGGGAAGGGGAUGGCGAAGGCGCCCAGGUGGUUCCAGCUGUACAUCUUUAAGGAUCGGAAGGUGACCAAGGAACUUGUGCAACGAGCGGAAAAGGCAGGAUAUAGGGCGAUCGUGUUGACGGUUGAUGCUCCGGUGUUUGGGAUUCGACGGGCUGAUAACAAGAAUCGGUUUCAGCUACCGCCGAAUAUCACGUUCGCUAACAUGGAUGACGGAAAGCAACAGCGGGACUACGGUGCGUACUAUGAUGAACGAUCCGAUCCAGCGUUGACCUGGGACGAUGUGGAAUGGUUGCUGAAGUUGACCAAGCUACCCGUGAUCGUCAAAGGUAUCCUGACCAAGGAAGAUGCGCUGAUCGCAGUUGAUCGUGGAGUUCAGGGGAUUUGGGUAUCCAACCAUGGAGCUCGGCAGGUGGACUCGGAACCUGCUACGAUCGAAGUCCUACCGGAGAUCGUGGCUGCCGUUGGUGAUCGCAUUCCAAUCAUCAUUGAUGGAGGUGUUACUCAGGGAACUGAUGUGUUCAAGGCGAUUGCGCUGGGUGCCAAGAUGGUCUGCAUAGGUCGUCCAGCGCUGUGGGGACUAGCAGUCAAUGGUCAGCAAGGGGUGGAGAAUGUUCUGGAUAUCUUGAAGAAGGAACUGGACAACGUCAUGGCUAUUGCUGGAUGCCAGAGCAUAGCGGAUAUCACGAAAGACUUUGUAGCACAUGAGUCUAGUUACGAGAAAAUUUGAAUAAAAAUUCUCAUUUUCGGUUCUCCGUGUUUCAA